GCUCGCGCGGAGGCUGCGGUGCGGCGCUCGCGCUCCUCGGGCUCGGCGGCAGCAGCGGCGGCGACGGCAGCUUGGCGCCGAGUCCCCGGGGAGCGGCGGCGGCGGCGGCGGCGCGGCGUCUUGCGGCCGGGAGGAGCAAACACCUGCCGCGGCCCGCCCGCCGGCGCUCGAUGCCCUUUAUCAAGUCAAGAAAGUCCCCUCUAUUCCUGCGUUUCUGAGUGUUUAUCACAGAUGGGUGUUGAAUUUUGUCAGAUGGCCACUGGUCCUGGUGCCUUUGAACAGCUCCUUUGCAAGCUGAUUUUGGGCUCUCUGGUUCCACAGUCCACUUCUACUCUGCCGCUGUAAUGCUGCUUUAAAUAUAAGUAGCUUUAUGAUAAGUCUUUGGCCCUGGGAUGGAGCAGGUGUGCAGAGGGUGAAGACCCAGCUCUGGGACCAAGUCACUUGCCUCCUUUCUUAGUGAGACUGUCGGCUUGAGCAGACCCAAGCCGGGAUGAGGAUGUCUGCGGGCCUUUGGCUGCUGCUCCCCCUCUGGGGGAAGACCUUUCUCCUUCUGCUUUCUGUGGCCGUGGCUCAGUCCCAUUGGCCUUCAGAGGCCGGCAGGGACUGGGAGAACCAGCUCGAGGCGUCCAUGCACUCAGUGCUCUCAGACCUUCACGAGGCUGUUCCCACAGUGGUGGGCAUUCCUGAUGGCACGGCUGUCGUUGGGCGCUCAUUUCGAGUGACCAUUCCAACAGAUUUAAUUGCCUCCAAUGGAGAACUCAUCAAGGUGUCAGCAGCGGGGAAAGAGGCCUUGCCGUCGUGGCUGCACUGGGACCCGCACAGCCACACCCUGGAGGGCCUCCCUCUCGACACCGAUAAGGGUGUGCAUUACAUUUCAGUGAGCGCCACGCGGCUGGGGGCCAACGGGAGCCACGUCCCCCAGACUUCCAGUGUGUUCUCUAUUGAGGUCUACCCUGAAGACCACAGCGAGCCGCAGUCUGUGCGGGCGGCAUCCCCAGACCCUGCUGAGGUGGUGUCAUCGGCCUGUGCUGCCGACGAGCCUGUGACCGUCCUGACGGUCAUUCUGGAUGCUGACCUCACCAAGAUGACCCCAAAGCAAAGGAUUGACCUCCUGCACAGGAUGCAGAGCUUCUCAGAAGUGGAGCUUCCCAACAUGAAGCUGGUGCCCGUGGUGAACAACAGACUGUUUGACAUGUCAGCCUUCAUGGCUGGCCCAGGCAAUGCGAAAAAGGUGGUGGAGAAUGGGGCCCUGCUCUCUUGGAAGCUGGGCUGCUCCCUGAACCAGAACAAUGUGCCUGAUAUUCGUGGUGUGGAGGCCCCUGCCAGGGAGGGCGCGAUGUCUGCCCAGCUUGGCUACCCUGUGGUGGGUUGGCAUAUCGCCAACAAGAAGCCCUCCCUCCCCAAACGCAUCCGGAGGCAGAUCCAUGCCACCCCCACACCUGUCACUGCCAUCGGGCCUCCAACCACGGCCAUCCAGGAGCCCCCAUCCAGGAUUGUGCCUACCCCCACGUCUCCAGCUGUUGCUCCCCCAACAGAGACAAUGGCCCCUCCAGUCAGAGAUCCUGUUCCUGGAAAGCCUACAGUCACCAUUCGGACUCGAGGAGCCAUUAUUCAGACCCCAACCCUAGGCCCCAUCCAGCCCACUCGAGUGUCAGAAGCUGGCACCACGGUUCCUGGCCAGAUCCGCCCAACGAUGACCAUUCCUGGCUACGUGGAGCCCACGGCCGUCGCCACCCCUCCCACGACUACCACCAAGAAGCCACGAGUAUCCACACCCAAACCAGCCACGCCUUCUACUGACUCCUCCACCACCACAACUCGAAGGCCGACCAAAAAGCCACGGACACCCCGACCGGUGCCGCGGGUCACCACCAAAGCUCCCAUCACCAGACUGGAAACCGCCUCCCCGCCUACUCGCAUCCGCACCACCGCAAGUGGGGUUCCCCGUGGAGAACCCAACCAGCGGCCAGAGCUGAAGAACCACAUCGACAGGGUGGAUGCGUGGGUGGGCACCUACUUCGAGGUGAAGAUCCCAUCAGACACCUUCUAUGACAACGAGGACACCACCACCGAUAAGCUGAAGCUGACCCUGAAGCUUCGGGAGCAGCAGCUGGUAGGCGAGAAGUCUUGGGUGCAGUUCAACAGCAAUAGCCAGCUCAUGUAUGGCCUGCCCGACAGCAGCCACGUGGGCAAGCACGAGUACUUCAUGCACGCCACAGACAAGGGGGGCCUGUCCGCUGUCGAUGCCUUCGAGAUCCACGUCCACAAGCGCCCUCAAGGGGACAGGGCUCCUGCGCGGUUCAAGGCCAAGUUUAUGGGCGACCCAGCCCCAGUGGUGAAUGACAUCCACAAGAAGAUUGCCCUGGUGAAGAAGCUCGCUUUUGCCUUUGGGGACCGCAACUGCAGCACCAUCACCCUGCAGAAUAUAACCCGGGGCUCCAUCGUGGUGGAGUGGACUAACAACACGCUGCCCCUGGAGCCCUGCCCCAAGGAGCAGAUUGCGGCGUUGAGCCGGAGGAUUGCAGAGGAUGACGGGAAGCCUAGGGCCGCCUUCUCCAACGCCUUGGAGCCUGACUUCAGGGCCAUGAGCAUCGCUGUGACAGGCUCGGGCAGCUGCCGGCAUCUGCAGUUUAUCCCCGCGGCACCGCCCAGUAGGGUGCCCUCAGACGCGCCGCCCUCGGAGGUGCCGGACAGGGACCCCGAGAAGAGCAGUGAGGAUGACGUUUACCUGCACACGGUCAUCCCGGCUGUUGUGGUCGCAGCCAUUCUGCUCAUCGCCGGCAUCAUUGCCAUGAUCUGCUAUCGCAAGAAGCGGAAGGGCAAGCUCACCCUCGAGGACCAGGCCACCUUCAUCAAGAAGGGGGUGCCUAUCAUCUUUGCAGACGAGCUGGAUGACUCCAAGCCUCCACCCUCCUCCAGCAUGCCACUUAUCCUGCAGGAGGAGAAAGCCCCUCUCCCCCCUCCUGAGUACCCCAACCAGAGCGUGCCCGAGACCACUCCUCUGAACCAGGACACCAUGGGAGAGUACACGCCCCUGCGGGAUGAGGAUCCCAACGCGCCUCCCUACCAGCCCCCCCCGCCCUUCACAGCCCCCAUGGAGGGCAAGGGCUCCCGUCCCAAGAACAUGACCCCGUACCGGUCGCCCCCUCCCUACGUGCCCCCUUAACCCACAAGCGCCUGGGUGGAGGCAGGGGUAGGGCAGGGCCCUGGAGACAACACGGUGUUGUCUGUGGAGACCGGUGGCCUGCAGACCAUCGCCCACUGGGAGCCGACACCUGACCUAGCACUCACUGACGCGCGCGAGGCCUGGCCGAGCCCGCCCUCUCUGGUCCUCCAAAACCCCAAAGCAGCUGGAGAGACUUUGGGGACAUUUUUACUUUUAUUUUUUGCCUAACAGCUUUUUGUUUGUUCAUAGAAAAUUCUUUGCUGCGGUUUGGAUGGCUGGCUCUGAAAGCACUGUUUGGAGUAGAGGUAGAUGAAGGGAGCGAGGAGCCGUGAAUGAACUCGCAGGCAGUGCUGGGUGGCCUCCCGGCUCUCUGCGUUUUGCCUUUAACACUAACUGUACUGUUUUUUCUAUUCACGUGUGUCUAGCUGCAGGAUGUAACAUGGAAAACAGUAGCUAAAGAUUAAAUUCAAAGGACUUUCAGAAGUUAAGGUUAAGUUUUUACAUUUAAUCUGCUGUUUACCUAAACUUGUAUGUAUAAUUUUUGGGUGGGUAUGGGAAAUUGCUUUGCUAAAAAUAAGCUCCCAGGGUGUUUCAAACUUAGAGAAGACCAAGGGACAGUAUUUUUUAUCAAAGGAAUCCUAUUUUUUCACACUAUGUAAACUUGGUUGCUCUGAUACGACAGAGCCUGACUGGGGGCCUCCCGGCUGUGGCUCUGGGGCCAGGGCCCUGGUGCUGGGCUUGCUCUCCCGCUCUUGCCGGGGGCCAGAAGCUGGGGGGGCCUCUUGGCCGUGGACAUCCACACCCCCACCCCAUGCACGCUAGUGGCCCACCACCAAGGGGUCUUCAUUUCCAUGGAAAAGGGACUCCAAGAGGCAGUGGUGGCCGUGGCCCCCAACCUAGGUGCUCCAGGGUGGGCCGGCUGCUCGUGGGGGUGGCUGGGGAGGUCGAGGGACUCGACCACAUCAACAUAUUUUCUUUUACCCUUCUGUGUUUUUUUUCCCCUCCUGAAAGGAAUAUCAUGGUUUUUGAAACACUCAGUGGGGGACAUUUUGGUGAAGAUGCAAUAUUUUUAUGUCAUGUGAUGCUCUUUCCUCACUUGACCUUGGCCGCUUUGUCCCAACAGUCCACAGCCCCACCCUGACCCACCCCACCCCUCUUCUCUGGCACUGCAGUCCUGGGCCUUGGGCUGGGAAAGGUCUGGUAGCGGGGGAGGAGUGCCAGCAAUAGUUCAUAGUAAAAAUCUGUGGGCUCUCGAAGCUAAUUUUUUACUAAAGUUUUUAUACAGCCUCAAAUUGUUUUAUUAAAAAAAAGAUUAAAAAUGGUGAUGCUUACAGCAGUUUGUACGAGCUCUUAGUGUUGAUUCCAUGGAACUGACGGCUUUGCUCAUUUUGAUUUUUUUUUUACCCCCUUCUUUUCAUAACGGUUUAAAUUCUCAGAUUACACUGGGCUUCUUUUGCCUUUUUUAGCAGAACGUCCGUCUGUCCAUCUGCAUCUCUGUCCCGUGACUCAGGGGUGCCCACUCUGCUUUGAUUCUCCUCCUUUGGAAGAAACCAUUUUGAGCAUGACUUUUCUUGAUGUCUAAGAGUUAUUUUGGGUACCUUUUAGGGAGGAAUGCCUUUUGCAAUAAUGUAUCCCUUCCAUGAUCGAGGGCUGGUGGGUGGACCCAGGCUCCCUUUGCACACCGAGCAGCCACUUCUAAGCCAUAUCGACUGUUUCACAGAGGAUUUGCGUGUGCUGCCUCAGGAGGGGAGGGCUGGUCAGAGAGGAGGGGGUCUCCAGCCUGCCCUUCUCAGGAGGGCGUUCCCCCUGCGCCUUUCCCUACAGGGCCCAGCCUCUCUCCGCUGCCCACCCCUGGGUGGGGUACUCAAGUGAGCAGUGCCCCUGUGUGUGGGGGGGCCUGUGGCUGAGGGCUCAGUGGACCUCUGGUGACCGGAUCUUGUGCCUCCCCGCCCUGAUCCAAGCCGGAGUUUCUCCAUUGCCCCAGAGUCGAGCACAAGUGGGGUCUGACCUGGUGAGAUUAUUUUUGAUGA